AUGGCACCUAUAAACACUCUCCUCUUUGACUGCGACAACACCCUCGUCCUAUCCGAAAGCCUCGCCUUCGAAGCCUGCGCCGAUCUCGCCAAUGAAAUCCUCUCAACCCGCGGCAUCUCCGACCGCUAUACUGGUCCCCAACUCCUCGCUGAAUUCGUGGGGCAGAAUUUCCGCGGCAUGAUCGCAAGUCUCAAGGCUAAAUAUCAAUAUACGAUGGAUGAUGCCGAACUCGAGAGUUAUGUCAGCAAAGAAGAGGAUAAAGUGAUUGCGAAAUUGAAGGCGUUGUUAAAGCCAUGUGAGGGGGUGGAUGAGGUAUUGGUGAGGUUGGAGAAGGAAGACAAGUAUGUGAUGGCGGUUGUGAGCUCGAGUGCGUUGAGGAGGCUCAGGGCUAGUGUGGAGAAGGUAGGCCAGGAUAAAUAUUUUGGGGAUAGAGUGUAUAGUGCUGCGACUAGUUUGCCAGUGCCGACGAGUAAGCCAGAUCCAGCGGUUUAUUUCCAUGCGAUGGAGAAAUUGGGGGUGCAAGCAGGGGAGUGUCUAGCGAUAGAGGAUAGUAAGAGUGGAGCGACGGCGGCAGUCAGGGCGGGCAUUCUUACGGUGGGGUAUGUGGGUAGUUAUGAGGUGGAGGAGAGGGAGAAGAUGGAGGGGGUGUUGAGGGAUGCGGGGUGUAAGGUUUUGAUGAGGGAGUGGAGGGAGUUUGAGGGCAUUUUGGAUAGGAUUCAAAAUGGGGGACUUCCAAAUUAG